AUGUUUUCCUCCCAACGCGUAGCACCCAGCCCAUGGACACAACGAGCAACGGCCAACAUGGCCCACAACCAAUACUUCAAUUUUAUUCCUCCCGUCGACAAUCCGAAUCCGUAUCCCGUUUUAGUCAAGUUCACGCCGUAUGGAGAUGACGGUGAUACUUAUAUAGGCAGUCUGGAAAGAUGCUCAUGGGUAAAAAUGAUAUCCGGCCGCCAGUUCAUCAUGCUAAAAUUCAACGGGGGCAUCCGCUUCGACGUAUGUUAUACUUCCCGGACGUGCAAGUUCGUGGCCCGAGAUCAGGCGAAGGUCACUGAUCCCCCGCCGAGCUAUUUGCCCCAGAUCUGGGACUAG